GGACGAGGUGGCUGACUUUGUGCAUCUUCAGCUUCCAGGAAAUGCAGCCUGCCGGAAUGUCCAACUGGGCGCGACGUUACGGUCAAAUCGUCAUAUCUUCCAUCGGGUCCUCGCUCGGAUCGGCAGUAUUUUUUUAUCCACUCCUUUUGAUUUUCAAAUCACAGUUGGUCGAGAUGUUAUGAUCAACCCGACCAAACAACUUUCUCUCUAUAUAUAAUGUACAGCGUUCGAACGACUCAUUUCAAUCCAACCACAGCCAAUAAAUCAUCUCUCCUGUUGAAUAUACAAUCAUGGUUUUCUACGCAUAUGUCAAACAUAUCACGACCAACACGACCUAUCGAUACGUGAUUACCUUUGCUAGCCGCGAAGUUGCGGAUGAGUGGUGGCGUGCCGUGUCCACUUCCGCCGUCACUAGUUUCGUGACUAGUGUUCAGCGUGUCAACGCCCAGUUCUACACCCAUAACGUGAGUCUGGCAAACGCCGCCAACUCCCUCACCACGACUGGGGUUGCGACCGAAUUCCUCGGCAAGGUGUUUUUCACCUUGCAGAAUGACUUGGCUGGUCGCGGCUUGAGCAUCAUCCCACGGCUCGAAUAUUGCGCGGACCACAUCAGCGGAAACUCAUUUUUCAUUCGCUCUAAAGUCUCUCCUUACGAGUAUUGGUACCAUCCCCCAUCGUCUAACGCGACGAACGCGGUCUAUGUUUCGCGCACCGAACGCUCUCGCUUCACCGUUAGUCGCACCGCCAGCGGUACUGCAGGGACCGUCAUAAUUGGCUCUGACAAUGUCGUUAUCACGUUGACCACCGUUGAUCUGUCCGUUAACGUCAAUGGCACCACUGGUCAGGUGAUCCUCUCACUUGCUCCUAUGUCGGGGUUGACUUUUAGUACCCUUUUGACCAACUUCACGGUUGGGCCUUCCUUGUCUGUGGAUGGUGACACCGUGAAGAAGCUCCUCUACACGGAGCAUGGGGAACAGUGGGAACUCGCUUGA